GCCUAACCCAUCUCCCCUCUCUCUCUCUCUCCCUCUCCUUCUUCCCGGCCAAAUCAGACCCCUCCCCCCAGCUAAAGCAAGAACGCCAUUCUCGCAGCUACAGAAGAGAGGAGCGGAGAAAUCAUCUCCCCCUUACCUCCCCAUUCCCCAAAUCCCCGAUAAACCGAAUCUGCUCUGGAAAGAUCCUCCUUUUCUUGGUUUCCACUUCCACCUACAGAUAAACAAAAGCUAUUUUUAGCGUUCUGGGCCACGUUUCUUGGCUUCCGUUCUGGUUGUUGUUUAAUCCGAGGGAGUCCAAUUCGCCUGCGACUGAAGGGGCCCGGCCAUGGCGGAGGAGGAGGAGAGGCGGCGGUUCUCGAGUCUACGCAGCGUCCGGUGGCGUGUCGAUCUCGGCAUACUGCCGGCGUCGCAGGAGGCGUCCGUCGAGGAGCACCGCCGCGCCGCCGCUGAUUCGCGACGGAGGUAUGUUAGUUUGAGGCGCCGUCUUCUGGUAGACCCUCAUCUUCCAAAGGAGGAGGCUAGAUCAUCUAACCUUAUUGUGGACAACCCGCUCUCUCAAAACCCAGAAAGUAGCUGGGGCCGUUUUUUCAGAGGGGCAGAGUUGGAGAAGACUGUUGACCAAGAUUUAUCUCGAUUAUAUCCCGAAGAUGGUAGUUACUUUCAGACGCCUACUUGUCAGGCCAUGCUGCGCAGGAUACUCUUGAUGUGGUGUCUCCAACACCCAGAGUAUGGGUACCGCCAAGGAAUGCAUGAGCUAUUGGCUCCUCUAGUGUAUGUUCUUCAGGUCGACAUUGAUAAACUGUCUCAAGUACGAAAACUCCAUGAAGACUGCUUCAGUGAUGAUUUUGAUGGAGUACCUUUCCCAGACACCGAUAUGGUUUUCAGUUAUAAACCUAGAAAGGACCCAAAGUGGAGUUCAGAAGCUGACAAUGAAAAUGAUUCUGAAAGUACUUCCAAAGUUAGCAGUCUUGAUGAGCUUGACCUAGAUACAAAAGAAAUAAUAUUACUUAGUGAUGCAUAUGGAGCGGAAGGUGAACUAGGCAUUGUAUUAUCUGAGAGGUUCAUGGAGCAUGAUGCCUAUGCUAUUUUUGAUGGUUUGAUGGACGGAGGUGGUGGAGUGGUUCGCAUGGCUGAAUUUUACUCUCCAUCCAGUAUUGGAUCCAGCUCAAGCCUACCACCUGCUAUUGAAGCCUCGUCAGCGUUAUAUCAUUUGCUUUCCAUCGUUGAGCCAUCUCUUCAUAACCAUUUCAUUGAGCUGAAAGUGGAACCACAGUGGUUCGCACUCCGUUGGCUGAGGGUCUUGUUUGGACGAGAAUUCUGCCUCAAUGAUCUUUUAGUAGUAUGGGACAAAGUCUUUGCCUGUUCCAAUAAUAUGCUGCUGAAUAAUGAUGAGGAAUAUAGCUUUCGGAUCUUUUGUUCAGCUAGAGGGGCAUUCAUUGCAGCCAUGGCAGUCUCAAUGCUUCUUCAUGUUAGAUCGUCCCUGUUGGCUACGGAGGUUAAUGUCUCUUGCCUCCAGAGACUAUUGAAUUAUCCAACGAACGUUGAUGUACAGAAGCUAAUUGAGAAGGCCAAAUCACUGCAGUCUAUUGCCAUUGAUGCGAACACUCCAUCUCCAACUUUCCUAUUAAAGAGGGAUAUCUGCGAGUAUGACAGAGUUAAAAGUAACCUCGCUAUUUCAACUCCUCCAAGAACCCCAUUGCAUCCUGUAUCCGAGAGUUACUGGGAAAAGCAGUGGAGAAAUUUGCACAAUGAUGGAACAUCUCCUAAGGAGACUGAGAAGGUUAAUUCUUCCAGCAGCGAAAUAAAGAAAUCUUGGAGGCAGAAGCUUGGUCUAUCUAGGACAGAGUCACUUCCUUCUCCAGUGACGAAGGUAAUCAGUGUGGGAAGUGAUGCUCGAAAUUCGGCAAGGCGGUGCCUUCUGAAUACUUUGUCAGAUAGUGUGGAAAGAUCUCAUGAAAUUGCUGGGAAAAUUCAAGAAGAUGAAUUCCCUGUUGUCUCAGUUCACAAGGAGCCUCCUGUGAGUUCUGCAGAGUCCUCUCCGUUACGAGCAACUGGUGAGAGUGUAACUGUAAGCCCACCAUGUCUGGCAAAAGUUAGCCCACUGGAAAGUUCACCAGUUGUGCCAGCUGGUGAGAGUGAAACAAGAGCACAAUGUGCAACAGAAGCUUGUUCUAGUGGCGAGAACUCUCCAGUGUUUUAUGCAGCCAUUGCUGGCAGUGAACAUGAGAACGUUCAAGAUAACGAUUCUGAGAGAAGCAGUAUCACUUCUAACUCAUGUGCUGGUGACGAUGAUAGAGAUGAAAUCCUUCAAGACGAGCCAUCCAGCUCUAAUUGUGAUGGCAAAACUGUUCAAGAUUCAGAAGCGGCAACUUCUGAUAAAACUGCAGAUCCAGAUGGAUCCUCUGAGAGAGCCGUAGUAUCUAAUGAAAGGAAGCCAUUUAUUAGUAAAUUUCAGUGGCUGUUGAAGCUAGGCAGACCCUCAGGUGAAGGCAGCAUCGAGAAGGGUAGCGGUGAGACAUCGGCUGGUAAAGGCGGCGUUGAUGCAUCCUGCUCUGAUGCGAACUCAAACAACUCGCGUGGUAGCACGAAGUUAGCUGCUGGUGAUAAGAAGGUCGUGGGCACAUUUAAGAAUCUUGGACAAAGCAUGCUUGAAAAUAUCCAGGUGAUUGAGUCGGCGUUUCAGCAAGAUCGCAGCCAGCCGGGCCCCAUGGAGAACUUCUCGAACAACAUCCUGGGUGGCAAAGGACAGGUCACUGCAACGGCGGCUCUGACCGAGCUCCGAAAGAUCAGCAACCUGCUCAGCGAGAUGUAGCCAUGUAGAGUCAAUGGCCUAGUGAUAACAAGAAAGGCAGGUGCCUAGGCCAUCUUGUUCACCGUUGCUCCUGCACUGCUCCACCCAUAUGUAAAUAUAGGUUUCAUUCGAUUAUUCCAUUUGAGUCCAAUAUGUAACUAAUUAAGCACUGUUGUACCCAAGGAGCUCCUAUCAAUCUAGGUUUCGCGACGAUGAGGAAGUAGUUUUCGUCAAGGGGUAGGGAGCUAUUUUUGAUGGAAGAAUUUUGUAAGAGUCACUGGUCAAGGAUGAAUAAAUGGAAGAAUAAGUUCGAGUA